AUGGAAGAAACAAUCGCAGAGCUGCGUCGUCAGCUUGAGGAAGAGAGACGGGCGCGAGAAGAAGCAGAACGGCGACUCCAACCCAACACCCUAUUCCGCCUCCUCGAUCGCUGCCAUGACUCUCUGUCUCAAGCGAUCCGAAUCGAGACGGAUGCGACCCUCACGACUCAGGGCGAUGCGACCGACCCAGUGAACCGACUUUACCCCAAGCGCAUAAUCCCUUGGCUUGACUUUCCCCAGCUCCAGGAGCAAGUUUGGAGGAAAUUCGACCGCACGGCUGCCUUUACCUCGCGCCCCCUCUUCCCUUCUGAUACCCAAAUAGAUUAUGUCGUUACGAAUAUCCAUAACAGGCCGAUUUAUUCGGAAGCGUCCCUUCGAACUUUUGAGCGAGACACGGUGGAUAAUUUUGUUGAAUUGAUUAUUAAGGCGUUGCGAGAUGAUGAAGUCUUUCGACGUGAGCUUGGAAUCCAGGGCCAAGUCACCUUUUACGACCGCGCGAACCCAUCGGAAACUUCGCUGAAGAACAGCUUGGAGCAAAUGAAUCUUCAGGACGUGCGAACGCCCCAACGACUCGCGAACACUAGGCCUGGGAGAGGCAGAGGAAGGGGAAGAGGAGCGGCACAGGGAAAGAAGAGGGAUGGCACUGCACGAAGACGCAAUCGUCGUGCAGACCAGUUCUGCGUGCACCUUGUGGCCGAUGAACGACAAAUCCCAGUGUAUGCGGUGGAGUUCAAAGCGCCGCACAAGGUGACAAUCCCCGAGCUGGUGGCGGGUUUACAUCAGAUAGAUCUGGCUCGCGAUGUCAUAGACCAGGAAGGUGACACGUUUGAGUUUUAUGCCACCUGCCUCGUCGCCGCUGUGGUCACUCAGAUAUUCUCAUAUAUGAUCGACAGUGGGGUUCAAUACGGUUACAUCUGCACAGGGGAGGCUUUUGUUUUUCUCCAUAUCCCGAAGGAUGAUCCCACAGUUGUUCAAUAUUUCUUGUGUAUCCCGAAUCAGGACGUGCAGGCGGACGAUGAAUGGCGCCUCCACCGGACCGCCAUCGGUCAGGUGCUUGCAUUCACCCUUCAAGCGCUAGCCGCCGAAGCUCCGUCUCAAGAGUGGCAUGAUACGGCACGCGACGAGCUAAAGACCUGGAAGGUCGAAUACCUGGACGUGUUGAGAAAAAUCCCCGAAACGCUCCGUAAAGACCCCCCAGCCUCCAAUUAUCGACCCUCGCACUGGAAACUAGAGCCGAAGACACACAAUACACGACCCCGUGCUCGUUGCCAACCAAACAUGUCUACUCCGAAGCAUUCUUCGACUGAAGGCAGCGGCAGUGAUGCAGAAUCGCAUUCUCCAUCCAUCGCAGCAGCGGCGCGCAGCCGGUCGAGCCGGGGCCGAGGCCACAAGCACCAAUCAACUAAGGAAAGCGAAAGCACACGAGCCGGUCGGGACAACAAACAGUCCUCUCGGGAAGACGGGCAGUCUACACGACCCUACUGUACAAUUGCCUGCAUCCGCGGCAUAGUCAACCGAGGCCCUCUGGAUAAAGAAUGCCCUAACUGGAAACUCCACGGUGGCCAGAGACACUCCAUGGGACCGCAGGAGUUCACACGUCAGCUUCACAGUCAACUUGCCCGAAACCGAAACCACGGGUUUGAACAACUCCAUGUCUGUGGUCGGACGGGUUACCUCAUCAAAGCUACUCUUCUAUUACACGGAUACACUGUGAUCAUUAAGGCUACCACGAUGGAGAAGCAGCAUCUCCUUCAAGCGGAAGUGGACAAUUAUCGCGACCUCAGGAGCUUGCAGGGACACCAGAUCCCCGUCUGCCUUGGGGCCUUUACACCCCGCGUUGCGUUUUGGUACCAUGGCAAAUUAAUGGCGCAGAUGAUGAUUUUGAGCUGGUCUGGAUCACGGCUUCAGCAUAUCAUCAACGAUAAGAAUUUUGGAUUCUUUCACCAGGAGCGCGACAAAGCUCUGACCGUGCUCCAGUCGCAUGGAGUGGUCCAUGGCGACAGUGAGUGGCGCAAUAUGUUGUGGGAUGACCUAGGUAGCCGUCUGAUUGUUAUUGACUUGGAGGACGUGAAAUGGUUGAAGCGCCCUCGUACCCUUGAACCAACGUCUGGAAAUGCACGGCAUGGUCAUCGCGCGAAGGUGGGAAAAUCCGGGCAAAAACUCUUGUCCAGCUCAACCGCUGUUUGCACAUGA